AAUUUAGAAAACCAAAACAAAGGAAAAUGUCGAUGCACAGGAAAACUGACUCGGAGGAGACCAGCCUAGCGCCGUCGUCCCCAAACCGCGCAGUGUACUACGUGCAGAGCCCGUCGCGUGACUCCCACGAUGGCGAGAAGACGACCAAUUCCUUCCACUCGACCCCCAUUCUCAGCCCCAUGGCCUCCCCUGGGCGCCACUCGCGGGAUUCCUCCUCCACGCGCUACUCGGGCUCCCACAAGUCCAGCAACAACGGGCGCCGCCACCACCCCCGGGCCCACAAGACGGGCAAAGGAUUCGACGCGAUCGAGGAGGAGGGGCUGCUAGACGAGGACGGCCGCCGCCCACACGGGCUUCCGCGCCGGUGCUACGCGCUCGCGUUCGUUGUCGGGUUUUGCGUGCUGUUCACCUUCUUUGCGCUCAUACUGUGGGGAGCCAGUAGGAAUCAGACACCUGUCGUCACCAUGAAGAGUAUAUUAUUUGAUACAUUCAUGAUCCAAGCUGGCUCAGAUGGUUCCGGCGUGGCUACUGAGAUGGUGAAUUUAAAUUCGACGGUCAAAAUGAUUUUUCGCAAUAGAGGUACAUUUUUUGGAGUCCAUGUAACAUCCACACCGUUGAAUCUUGCCUACUCCGAACUCACGAUAGCCAGUGGAACUAUAAGAAAAUUUUAUCAAUCAAGAAGCAGCCAUAAAACGGUUACAGUGAUGUUGAGAGGCAGCAACAUUCCGUUAUACGGUGGUGGAGCCGACUUGAGCAGUCUAAACGGGAAGCCGGUGGCCCCAGUGCCCUUGACUCUUAAUUUCACGGUUCGGGCCAGGGCUUAUAUAUUGGGCCAAUUGGUUAAGCCCAAAUUUUACAAAAGAGUCCAGUGCGCCUUAAUUGUGGACCCAAAGAAAAUGAAUGCUGCUAUACCAUUGAAGAACUCGUGCACCUACAAUUAAAUUGUUCUUUCAGCAGAUAGAGAUUGGAGAAUUGAACUGUUCUUUGUACGUAAUAUUUUGUUGAUUACAAUCAGUUGCUUCUUGAGGAAUUUACAUCCCAUACUAGUCAUUAUUCUUUAUAUUACAAAUAUAC